AUUUUGGCUCUUUGCUGAAGUAUUUUGACACAGUUCAGACAUGCUCAGGUUCCUGUUGUUGACGAGCCUCGCUGCCCUGGCGCUGGCGGAGCUGAGGCCCGAGCCCAGGUAUAUGGAGGACCUGGAUGAGAGGGUGGUGGGAGGAGAGGACGCCAAGCCCAACUCUUGGCCCUGGCAGAUCUCUCUUCAGUACCAGUCUGGCUCUAACUACUACCACACCUGUGGAGGCACCCUGAUCGCUCCUGGAUGGGUCAUGACCGCUGCCCACUGUGUCGACAGUUUCGGCAGAGUUUACCGUGUUGUCCUGGGAGAGCACGACCUGAGGGUGAACAGCGGCACUGAGCAGAUCAAGCCUGUGAAGGACAUCUACAUCCACCCCCAAUGGGACUCCUACAGGGUCUCCAAUGGGUAUGACAUUGCCCUGCUCCGCCUCUCCUCCGAUGCCACCCUGAACGCCUAUGUGCAGCUGGGAACUCUGCCCCCCGAUGGCCAGAUCCUGCCUCACGACAACCUGUGCUACAUCACCGGCUGGGGACGCACCUCCACUGGUGGGCCUCUCCCUGACAUCCUGCAGCAGGCCAUCCUCCCUCUGGUGGGUUAUAAAGAGUGCACCGCCCCCGACUGGUGGGGCUCCACUGUGAAGGACACCAUGGUGUGUGCUGGAGGUGGAGAGAAGUCCGGAUGCAACGGUGACUCUGGCGGACCCCUGAACUGCAUGGUCAACAACAAAUAUGUGGUCACUGGUAUCGCUAGCUUCGUGUCUGGUUAUGGAUGCAACUACGAGAAGAAGCCCACCGUCUUCACUCGCGUCUCUGCCUACAUCGACUGGAUGAACUCGAUCAUGAACUGAAGGGUUGUGGAUCCCUGGGGAUAGAAACCAGACCUUCUCUCACCAGUUUCACAUAUCUGUCUAAAUAAAAUACAUACAAUACUGA